AGAGCUGGCGCUGUUACUCUUCUUUUGUUAUUCAUGAGGAAAGGAAACUUUGCGGCAGAGCUGAAACGCUCCAGGAGUGCCUGAACAGUCGGGUUGGAUAGCUUUGCUGCUUCCUGGAGGGAGUUUGUGAAAGCAUUGAGCAGAGAUCUGGAGCAUUAGACGAGCUGAGUGAAGUGUGGAGCGCUGAACAUGCCAAGAGCCAAUCAUUCAUUAUUUUCUCAAUGAUACAAAGUCACUGUACUGCACUGAGAGAUUCAUCACGCAAAGGGAUUUGCAGUGGGCUGUAUAUGUAAAGGAGAGCCGGAUUUCUGCUUCAGCGUGUCAGACGUACCCGUGACUCCUGAGAAGGAAGAUGGCUACCGUGGGCACAAUGUCAGAGGCCUCUGAGGCCGGAGACAACAGCGAAUUCACUGACAUCAUCAAAUGGAGAUCAGACGAACAUGAUGCCGUACAGAAAAAAACCUUCACGAAGUGGAUCAACGCGCAGUUCUCCAAGACGGGGAAGGUGCCCAUCAAAGACAUGUUCUCUGAGCUGAGAGACGGCAGAAAACUCCUCGAUCUCCUGGAGGGGCUGACUGGAAACACACUGACCAAAGAGCGAGGCUCUACUAGAGUUCACUCCCUCAACAACGUCAACCGCGUGCUGCAGGUCCUUCAUCAGAGCAGCGUGGACCUGGUGAAUAUCGGAGGGACUGAUAUUGUCGAUGGGAAUCAUAAGCUUACUCUCGGACUCAUCUGGAGUAUCAUACUGCACUGGCAGGUUAAGGACGUCAUGAAAGAUGUGAUGUCCAGUCUUCAGCAGACCAACAGUGAGAAGAUUUUGCUGAGCUGGGUGAGAAACUGCACCCGCAACUAUAGCAGCAUUCACUCACACUCACUCGUAGUGGCUAGGCCUAAUGGGUUCAGCUGGGAGGAAGUAGUUCAUCUAACCCCUGUGGAGAGGCUGGACCAUGCUUUCACAUUUGCCAAAGAUCAGCUCAACAUUGAGAGACUACUGGAUGUGGAAGAUGUGGCGGUGCAGUUGCCGGAUAAGAAGUCCAUCAUCAUGUAUGUGACCUCACUCUUUGCCGUGUUUCCCAAUGACAUCACGAUGGAUGACAUCAAAGAGGUGGAGACGCUGCCCAGACGCUAUAAGGUGGAUCCGGAUGAGGGACGUGCUGGGUUGGCUGCAGAGACGGAGGAGGUGAGCAGCACACGGCCAGAGACGCCCAGCAUGCUGACGGAGGUCAGUCUGGACACGUAUCAGAUCACUCUGGAGGAGGUGCUCACCUGGCUGCUGUCGGCCGAAGACAUGCUGCACAUGCAGGACGACGUGUCCGACGACGUGGAGGAGGUCAAAGACCAGUUCCACACACAUGAGGCCUUUAUGAUGGAAUUGACAGCCCACCAGAGCAGCGUGGGUAACGUCUUACAGGCGGGAAACCAGCUGAUCGCUCAAGGCAACCUGGCUGAAGUCUUGUUUGAAGAACUUCAUGAAGUUCUCAUGGACCUUCAGCAACAGCAGCUACAGCAGCUCUCCGAUUGGCUGACGCAGACGGAGGGGCGGAUCCGUAAGAUGGAGAAAGAGCCAAUAGCAGGAGACCUGGAGGGAUAUCUGGCCCAGAUAGAGCAGCACAAAGUUUUGCAGAAUGAUCUGGAGCUAGAACAGGUAAAGGUGAACUCUCUCACGCACAUGGUUGUGGUCGUGGAUGAGAACAGCGGGGAGAGUGCCACUGCUGACCUGGAGGAACAACUGCAGUCACUGGGGGAGCGCUGGGCGGCAGUGUGUCGCUGGACGGAGGAACACUGGAACAAACUCGAGGAAAUUCAGCUUGUGUGGCAGCGGCUGCUUGAUGACCAGAGUUUGUUUGGAUCGUGGCUAGCAGAAAAGGAGAAGACCUUGAGUGAAGUUCAGACCAGUGAUUUUAAAGACCCUAGUGAAAUAAAUGCCAGCGUGCGCAGUUUAGCCAAUCUCAAGGAGGAUAUGGCCCAGAAGCGGAGGGCCCUGAGUGCUCUGUCAGAUGCUGGACAGGAUGUGAUGGUGCUGUUAAACAGUCCAGCCGCAGCUCAGAGGAUCGAAACAGACACAGACCUACUGACCCAACGCUGGGACAACCUGGUCCAAAAACUAGAGGACUGCUCCAGCCAAGUAACCGAAGCGGUGUCUGGGAUACCCCAGGUACCGGAGAAGGUUGUCAUGGAGACAGUCACAACAGUAACAACACGGAUGGAGCAAACCUUCACCAGCAGCGAUCGAGAGCUACCGCCACCUGCCCCACCUAAAAGACGACAUCUGGAUACAGACGGCGAGCUCAGGAUACUAGCUGAAACUGAUGUUCCCAAGCUUUUGUCACGGCUGGCUGCAUGGAAGUCAUCUGCCCGAGCUGCUGGAGACACGCCUGGUCUGAAGGAAAAACUACAGACCCUGCGGGUGGAGCUUGCUGAAAACGAGGGGGCAGUGAAAGAGGUAGUGCAGAAAGGAGAGAAGAUGAUUGAGAAAGAAGGUAUGUCUUCAGAGGAGGCCCGUUCUGCUCUGGACUUUGUGUGUAAAGAAUGGGAGAGCUGCCAGAACCUGAUCCAGGAUCUGAGGAACCGAGCUCAAGUUCUAGAGCAGGUGGCGGCGGUUCAGUCAAGACUGAAGGCUCUAGAUGGAGUUCUGCAGGAACAGGAGAAAUGGCUGAUCUCCACAGAAGGCUUUAGAGCAAAAAACAACCAGCAGGAACUCCAGACACUCAAAGACGAUUGUGAGGCUCGGAUAGCAGAUCUGGAAAAGCUUCAGCCGCAGGUGGAAGAUCUCUGUUCUCAGACGGAGCGUCUGGCCGCAGAACCUGGAGCCCCUGAUACCAUGAGGCCCAGUGUGGCGGCGCUGGCAUCACGCCACAGCACAACUAUUCAAGAGUUCAAGAUGCGGCAGCAGGACAUCACUAUAGUUUUGUCCAGGCUGGCGGGGUCCAGAGCGCUGCAUCAGAUGGAGUCCAGACUGAACACAGUCAGCGCUGAUAUCAGAGACAUCACCACAGCUGAGCAGGGAGUCAUCAGAGCUCAGGCUCUUUGUGCUGAGAUAGAGCAGGAGGCGUCGGAGGCAGCAGAGCAGCAGGGCUGGACUGAGCUCUCCACAGCCGCCCAGGAUCAGCUUAGCAUGCUGCAGUGCAUUCUGGGUAGCAUGAAGGACACAAAGGUGAAGAGUGAGGAGGUGGAGCGCUGGCUGGAUGCUGCUGACGAGCUGCUGUCUCGAGACGCCAGCGGCUUCAGCCAUGCUGACAAACUACAGGAAGAAGUCAACCAGUGCAAGGAGCUGGUGAGUGAGAUGCAGAGCGUGGACUCGUCUCUGAAGCAGAUGAGGGAGAACGUGACGGCCGUGCAGCAGAGCUCAGUACUGGGUCUGAUCAGCUGGGGGCAGACGGAGCUGGACGACAGUCAGAGACGCUGGGACACGCUCAGUAAAGAGUUGUUGAGGCGUGAGGAGCGUGUGAGUGAAGGUCAGGAGAAAAUGACGAAUCUGAAGAAAGAUGUAGCGGAGAUGCGCGAGUGGAUGAUUCAAGUGGACGAGGAGUUUCUCAUGAGAGACUUUGAGUACAAGAGCCCAGAGGAGCUGGAGGAGGCGCUGCAGGAGAUGAAGAGGGCUAAAGACGAUGUGUUGCAGAAGGAAGUGCGUGUGAAGAUUUUAAAGGACAGCAUUAAUGUGCUGUUUGGAAAGACACCCCCUGGUGGUCCUGACCUGAGCCCUGAGCUCACUGAAGUUCUGCACAACUACCAGAAGCUCUGCGAUCGCUUCAAGAGCAAGUGCCACAUGCUUGAGGAGGUGUGGUCCUGCUGGAUCGAGCUGUUGCAGUAUUUGGACGUGGAGUUUGGCUGGUUGAAGACACUGGAGGAGAACGUUCAAGCCACUGAGAACGUCCCAGAAAACACAGAGUCUAUCAGCGAGGCUCUGGAGUCUCUGGAGUCAGUUGUGCGUCAUCCGGGUGAUAACAGGACUCAGAUCCGAGAGCUGGCCCAGACUCUCAUAGAUGGAGGCAUUCUGGAUGAACUCAUCAGCGAGAAACUGGAGAGCUUCAACUCGCGCUAUGAAGAACUGACUCAGCUGGCUGCUGCACGUCAGAUGUCUCUGGAGCAGAAGUUGGGGACUCUGAGAGAGAACGAGACGGCGUUACACACACUACAGACGUCCCUCACGCAGCUGGACCAGAUGCUCACCUCGUACCUCACCGACCGCAUCGACGCCUUCCAGCUGCCUCAGGAAGCUCAGGCCAUUCAGGCCGAGAUCGCGGCCCAUGAGGCCACACUGGAGGAUCUGAGGAGGAGGAAUGUAGGUAACGUACCUCCAACUGUCCCAGAGGGCAAACCAGUGCGAGGAGGAACCCUACUGGACCAGUUACAGCGGAAACUUCGUGAGAUUAGUACAAAAUUCCAGCUGUUCCAGAAACCAGCCAACUUUGAGCAGCGAAUGCUGGACUGCAAGAGGAUUCUGGAAAACGCUAAAGCUGAACUUCACGUCCUGGACCUGAAAGACACACAACCAGAGGAGAUCCAGACCCACCUGAACGGAUGCAUGAAACUGUAUAAGAUCUUGAGCGAGGUGAAACUGGAGGUGGAGACGGUGAUUAAAACAGGAAGACAGAUCGUACAAAAACAGCAGACAGAAAAUCCUAAAGGAAUGGACGAACAACUCACCGCGCUCAAAUUACUCUACAAUGAGCUGGGAGCUCAGGUGACUGAGGGGAAACAGGAUUUGGAGAAGGCUUUGUCUCUGUCUCAGCGGCUGCAGAAGGACAGCGCCGCCCUGCAGGCCUGGAUGAGCCACACUGAGACUCCGCUUAAAGAGAAGCUCAGCACAGGAGACAUGCCUGCCGAUAUCGAGACAGAGAUCACAUGGGCCAACGGCUUGUUGAAGGAGUCUGAGUUCAAGAAGAGCGAUCUGUCUGUGGUGAUGGAGAACAGCGCCGCCCUGCAGGCCUUAGUGGAGGGCAGCGAGGCUCAGCUGGAGGAUCAGCUGUUUGAGCUCAAUGAGGACUGGGAGCGCAUGCACACGCUGAUAGAGGACUGGCUCAGUGCUGUUCUGAAUCACAGGCGUGAGGUGGAGAUGUUUGAUGAGAAUUUGGCUCAUAUCAGCACAUGGCUCUAUCAGACGGAGAUACGACUGGAUGAGAUGGAGAAGAUGCCUUCAGCUGAGAAAGAGAGAAUGAUGAUGGCUGUGUUGUGUGAGUUGGAAGGAAUGAGUGUGCGUGUGGACAGCGCUCGUGAUCAGGCAGUAAUCUUGAUGACCAGCAGGGGGCCUGUGUGCAGAGAGCUGGUGGAGCCCAAACUAGCCGACCUCAACCGCAGCUUCCACAAGGUGGCGCAGCACAUCAGCUCUGCUCAGGUGUCUGCUGGUCUGGAGGUCAGACAGGAGGCAGUGCGGCCGCAGCAGGAGGUGGCAGAUGGGAGGUCUGCUCCUCUCCUCUCCUCCUCACAGCUACAGCUAUUCGAAUCAGACCUACACGCUACUAUCAGAGCACUGGAGCAACAGGAGAAAACACACACACCUGAUGAUGAGAGGUUGGAUGAGGAGAAAGCUCAUGUUGAGGAGGUGCUGAGGAGAGGAGAGGAGGUGCUGCGGUCUGUUCCUGACGAGGACAGAAGAGAGGACAUCCGCAGGAGACUGCUGCUGCUCCAGACAUGCUACAAGGAGAUUCAUACCAUCAGAACUCAGCCAGUUGUGCUCGAAUCAUCUUCUCCUCCUCGGCAGAGAUCAGAGUCAUCCCUCUCUCCCCAGGAUGAGAGGAGCGCAUCUGUCUCCCCGUCUGACUAUCUGCUGGACAUUAAUAAGGUUCUGCUGGCCAUGGCCGACAACGAGCUGCUCCUGAACUCCUCAGAGCUCAGCGGAGGACUGUUUGAGGAUUUCUCCAGCCAGGAGGACACGCUCCGGAAUAUAAAGGAGAGUUUGGAGCGGUUGGGUGAACAGGUUGAAGUGAUCAAUGAGCGCCAGCCUGAUGUGAUUCUGGAAGCUUCCAGACAGGAGAUGGCACAGAUAUCUGAUGGCCUGACACAGCUGAACUCAGAGUGGGACAGAGUCAACCGCAUGUACAGCCAGAGGAAAGGGUGUUUCGAUGGAGCUGUGGAGGAGUGGAGGCAGUUUCACUGUGACAUGAACGAUCUCUCGCAGUGGCUGAGCCACACUGAACAGGUCCUGGCUGACGGGAUCGGAUCAGACGGAGAACUGGACCUGGACUGCGCUCGUACACAGCAACAGGAUCUGGAGGAGGGUCUGGCCUCUCAUCAGUCUGUGGUGGCGGUUCUGAGCCGGUCUGGAGAGCACAUCAUCGGUCAGGUGUCGUCACCCGACGCCGCUCUGCUGCAGGAGAAACUGGACGCUCUGAGACGCCGCUGGACAUGCGUGCAGAGACAAGUGUGUGAGCGCCAGUGCAGGUUGAUGGGUGAGGAUCCGGCUGUGAUGGAUGUCGUUCAGAGGACUGCUGAUCUGGCUCAGUGGCUGCAGCACACGGAGGUUGCCGUGGCGACGCUGUCGGUUUCAGCCACCGACAAGAGCCUCAGAGAGCUCAAGGCCUUGACGGAGGAGAUGGAUGGUCAGAAUGAGACGCUGUCAUGGCUGAAUAAAACCGGCUCUCAGAUCUUGUCAAACUCCAGUCUGAGUCCUCAGGACAGAGACACUCACGUGAAUAAAAUAAGGCAGAUAAACCUCAGCUGGAGUAAAGUGAGCCGCGAGCUGCUGGAUAAGGUGCGUGAGGUGGAGGGUCGUCUGCAGACACACACACCGCUGCAGGACGAGAGGAGGCUGGCGUCUUACAGCCAGUUCCAGGAGCGCAUGAGCAGACUGGGCGACUGGGUUUACAUCAGCAGCCAGUCUCUGAGUGACGUCACACCCGCGGAGAGACAGGUUCUGGAAAUGUCCAUGCGAGAGCAGAAGCGGGAGCUGGAGGAGCUGUUGUCUUACUCUAUUGAGCUCCAGAGGAAACAGCUGCUUUUACCACAGGAAAAGAGUAAAAUCGAACAGCUGGCUGCAGAUUGGAAAGCUCUGGAUGCCAGACUGAAGGAGACGCCACAACAGCCUCUGUCUCCAUGGACACAACAAGUGGCUCAGCAGCAGUUCACAGGGAGCGUGCCGUCUGCGGUGCACAUGGUCAGUCUGAUGAGCGAGGAGCGGCGUCCCAGCCCAGAGCUGGUGGGCCCCAGCGACCUGCACCAGACGGCCACAGAGCUGGCGGACUGGCUGCUCCUCAUCCACCAGAUGCUCAAAUCCAACAUCGUCACAGUGGGAGACAAAGAGGAGAUCCACACCACCAUCGGCCGCCUGCAGGUGACUAAAGGUGAUCUAGAGCAGAGACAUCCACAGCUGGAAGACAUCAUCACUCUGGCUCAAAACAUCAAGAACAAAACCUCCAACCUCGACGUGCGCACCUCCAUCUCAGAGAAACUGGAGAAGGUCCGCAGCCAAUGGGACGGCACACAGCACGGCGUGGAGGCGCGGCUUCUGCAGCUGGAAUGCAUGAUCGGCCACAGCGAACAAUGGGAGGAGCAGAGGCACCAGGUGAAGGCUCUGAUUGGACAAAAUGAGAUGCAUCUGCAUAACCUUCUGCAGCUGAGCCGAGGGCCGCUCACUAAACAGAUCAGUGACAACAAGGCGUUCCUGCAGGAGCUCAGUCGAGGACAGGAGAGCGUGACGUCCUUUAAUGAACUGUCCAAUCAGCUUCUGCAGGAAUAUGCCGCUGACGACACGCGCAAGGUCAAAGAGGUCAUGGACAAACUCAACACGGUGUGGAACAGCGUCAAUAACAGGGCGUCGGAUCGUCAGGCUGUGUUGGAUUCAGAGCUGAAGUCUCUCCAGGCGUGUCUCCGUGAGCUUGAAUCCUUCCUGAAGUGGCUCCAUGAGGCGGAUACUACAGUCAACAUGUUAUCUGACGCCGCCCAGAGGGAGGAGCUCUCACAGGACUCCGCCCACAUCAAGGAGCUCAAAGGGCAGCUUGGGGACAUCCAGGCGGAGAUUGAGGCACAUAAUGAUGUCUUCAGGAGUGUGGACGGGAAUAAGAUGAAGAUGGUGAAGGCUCUGGGGAGCUCAGAGGAAGCAGUUUUCCUCCAACAGAGACUGGAUGACAUGAACCAGCGCUGGAACGACCUGAAGGCCAAAUCAGCCAAUAUACGGGCUCAUCUGGAGGCCAGUGCUGAGCGCUGGAACCGUCUUCUGUCAGUCCUGGAGGAACUGAGCUGCUGGAUCUGUGUGAAGGAUGAGGAACUGAACAAACAGAUGCCCAUCGGAGGAGACGUGCUCACAGUGCUGCAGCAGCAGACCCACUGCACGGCUCUGAGGGCGGAGCUUAAGGAGCGUGAGCAUUUAGUUCUCAGCACAUUGGAUCAGGCACGCAUGUUUCUGGCCGACCAGCCGAUCGAAGGACCCGAAGAGCCACGCAAGAACCUACAACCCAAAACCGAGCUGAGCCCAGAGGAGAAGGCCCAGCGGGUGGCUAAAGCGAUCCGUAAGCAGACUGCAGAGGUGGGCGAGCGCUGGGAGAGGCUCAUGGGACACGCGGGCACCUGGCAAGAGCAGGUGGACAGAGCACUAGAUAAACUCCAGGAUCUCCAGAGCUCCAUGGACCAACUGGACCUGCGUCUAGCCCAGGCCGAGGAGCUCAAAGCUGGAUGGCAACCCGUGGGAGACCUUCUCAUAGAUUCCCUACAGGAUCACAUUGAGAAAGCAACGGUGUUCUGUGAUGAGAUCGCGCCUCUGAAACAGGAUGUCCGGGCUGUGAAUGAUCUGGCAGGUCAGCUGACCCCACUGGACGUCCAGCUGUCCUCCACCACCAACCGCCAGUUAGACAACCUCAACAUGCGCUGGAAACUACUGCAGGCGGCUGUAGAGGACAGGUCGAAGCUCUUACAGGAAGCACACAGGGAUUUUGGACCUUCCUCUCAACACUUCUUAUCCACUUCGGUGCAGUUGCCCUGGCAGAGAGCAGUGUCCCAGAAUAAAGUGCCCUACUACAUCAAUCAUCAGAGUCAGACGACGUUCUGGGACCAUCCCAAGAUGACCGAGCUCUAUCAUUCUCUAUCUGACCUCAACAACGUGCGGUUCUCCGCGUACAGGACGGCUAUGAAGAUCCGCCGGCUGCAGAAAGCACUCUGCUUGGAUCUGUUGGAUCUGAGUGUGGCUCAGACCAUGUUCCAGCAGCACAAGUUGACGGUAAACUCCCAGCAGCUGACGGUUCCUGAGGUCAUCAACUGCCUGACGUCUGUGUAUGAUGGACUGGAGCAGGAGCACAAAGACCUGGUCAACGUCCCGCUCUGUGUGGACAUGUGUCUCAACUGGCUGCUCAAUGUCUACGACACGGGUCGCAGUGGGAAAAUUCGAGUUCUGUCCAUGAAGAUUGGUCUUCUCUCUCUUUGUAAGGGUCACCUGGAGGAGAAAUACAAAUGUAAGCUCUUUUUCAUAACAAAUUCUGGAAGGAAAUGCUCCGUCCGUCAUCUUGAUUUCAGACAGGCUGCAUUGUUUAUGAGUUAUUCUCUCAUGCUUGUUAUGGGCUUUCUGAAAUCCCUCCCUGAUUGGCUGUUUGUGCUGACUCUCUGUUCUCAGGUGACCAAUAAGUUGGAGCUGGAGCCGAGGCAGUUUAUUGAUUGGAUGAGGCUGGAGCCGCAGUCGAUGGUUUGGCUUCCGGUCCUGCACAGAGUGGCGGCAGCAGAAACGGCCAAACACCAGGCCAAGUGCAAUAUCUGUAAAGAGUUCCCCAUCGUGGGCUUCAGAUAUCGCAGUUUGAAGCACUUCAACUAUGACGUUUGCCAGAGUUGCUUCUUCUCUGGUCGCACAGCGAAGGGUCAUAAACUCAACUACCCCGUGGUGGAGUACUGCACACCGACCACCUCAGGAGAAGACAUGCGAGAUUUUACCAAAGUCUUAAAAAACAAGUUCCGCUCAAAGAAGUAUUUCGCGAAGCACCCUCGCCUGGGAUACCUGCCCGUCCAGACGGUCCUAGAGGGAGACAACAUGGAAACUCCGGUCACUCUCAUCAGCAUGUGUCCGGAGCAGUAUGAGCUUUCUCCAUCGCCACAACUCUCUCAUGACGACACACACUCACGGAUAGGGCAGUACGCCAGCAGGUUGGCACAGAUGGAGCGCUCCAAUGGCUCUCUGCCCACCGACAGCAGCUCGGCCACUGGAAGCAUGGACGAGGAACACGCUUUAAUCCUGCAGUACUGUCAGACGUUGGGAGGGGAGGGCUCAUCCUUCAGCCAGCCCCAAACCCCCGCCCACAUCAGCAGGAGCCCCGCCCAUGACACUCACAGCCCCUCCUACCUGCUCCAGAGCCCCGCCCAGAUCAACAGGAGCCCCGCCCAUGACACUCACAGCCCCUCCUACCUGCUCCAGAGCCCCACCCAGAUCCUGCAGGCUGUGGAGAGGGAGGAGCGAGGAGAGCUGGAGCGAAUCAUAGCGCGACUGGAGGAGGAGCAGCGGACCCUGCAGAGGGAGUAUGAACAGUUGCGCCAGCAGCACGGUCAACCUGGCGCGGGGGCCGCAGCUGUUAGCGGGGCCCCUGAGGAAGCAGACCUGUUAGCUGAAGCUAAACUCCUGCGACAGCACAAGGGACGGCUGGAAGCCCGCAUGCAGAUACUGGAGGACCAUAACAAACAGUUGGAAUCACAGCUCUACCGACUACGCCAGCUGCUGCAUCAGCCUGAGUUAAAUGGCACGUCCUCUUCUGGCUCUCUCCAUCAGGAUACAGCAGGACAGGCCGAGCUCACAGAUGAGUUUCUUCAUCAGUGUGCUAACAGUAACUCUGAUCUGGCUGAGGUUGUGGAACAGAUUAACCACAGUUUUCCUGCAUGCUCUCCGUCAAGUAUGUCCUCAAGGCCGAAGGUGAUGUGAAGGUUUUCAGCAGAACAUCCCUUUGGAAAUCUUGCGGACAUGAAGAGCAGUCUCGAACUCGACAUGACAAGAAGAUUCCCAUUCCAGAGAUGCAGAUUCCCGGCUGUUCCCUCGACAGAGAUGUUCGUCCUCGAACCCAAAGACUCUGGAACAGGACCACACAGUUCAUUCAUUGGCUAUUACUACUGCGUCUGUCUGUACUAUGCAACUGUACAUUUGAUCAACAUGUAGAUUGUACGUGGUGAGGUGUAUCUGCCCAUUGUUUUAAUACUCGGAUGAUUAUUUAGGGUUAUGGGGGCCAUUUAUCGUAUAACCUGUAUGCUUUUAUUUCUGCGUUCACCAAGGAACCACACUGCUACCACAUAUCUCACAUUCAGCUCAUAUCAGUUGCUGUUCAAACUGACACAUUGUCUUUCUACAGACGUGGUUAUUAGUUUAAUCAGAAAACGAUGUGAACAUCAGUGGAUAUGAAGACGAAUCGAUCUCGUAAUGCUAAACUGUUAGCGCAUGUUGCCCCCCAGCAUUAUUCUCUUCAACUUUAGCCUGUUUUGACAGUGUUUGCCGUGAACUCUCCCUUUAAAGCAUUGUUUCGACAGUUUGUUCCGCGGGUAGAAGCGCAUCUGAACCCUCACUGCAUUUCUAGAGCGCACGCACAGAUGAUGUACAACACAAACAUUCGAACGCGUCGAAAACACCCUUUUGUGCCUAUAAAGCAUCCAUUCCAGGAGAGACGAGUGGCUGAGAGAUGCCGUAUUUCUCAAAAUUAUGUAGAUAGAUUAUAUUAUAAAAAGACAAAUGUAGGAAAUGGGGAUUUUUAGGACGUUUGGCCCAAGAUGAUUUAUCUUUGUGUAGUAUAGUUUUAUAAAUAAAUGUUUAA